CCUGCCACAAAGAUGGCUUCCUGUUCCUCAUCGCCAAGGCGGCCACCCAUCCCUCUCCUCCUCCUCUUCCUCUUCCACUUCUCCUCCGUCCUCGCCGCAUCAGCUCCUCCAGCCUCAUCACAACAGGCUGGUACCGGCGGCGGCGGCGGAAAUGUGACGGAGCCGGCGGCGUGGACGCCACGGCUGAGGAAGACGUUCCUGGACGGCGGCGGCAUCGAGCACUGGCGCGGGCGGCGGCUGGUGGGGCGGUUCCAGGUGUGCGCGGUAUGCACCUGCUGCGGGGGCCAGCACGGGAUGUGCAUCCCGGCGCCCUGCUGCUACGCCAUCAACUGCAACAUCCCCAACCGCCCCUUCGGCGUCUGCUCCUUCACCCCGCGCACCUGCAACUGCUUCAACUGCCAUCUCUAGCCUAGCCUAGCCUAGCCUAGCCGCCAUGGAUGCAGCAAAGGAACCAAGGUGUGGCCAACUGCUGCUGGAGUGCUGGAUCCAUCCAUGGUUUUGAUUGUUUCUCUUUUUGAGUUGAGUUCGGUUGCCGAUGGAAGGGAAGGGAAGGGAUUCGUGGUGACAGAUUCGUUAAUUUGGGGAACCGAUUGGAAGAGUUCAUCAUCAUCGCAUAAUUAAUACUAGUACCGUUAGUAGUAUAUACACUCCUGUCCUACAUUGUAGCCAUGACUCAUAGUAGGCAGCAGUAUGGUGAUGAUGGUUGGAUUAAUUCAGCUUUUUCUGCUCUUGCUUGGUGAUCUUCAACUUAAAUUGUGGAUAUAAUCAAGUCCUAGUAUCUUUGUUUCUCUGAAGUAUGCUACUUGUACUGUAUUAUUUUAUUUAUUUAUUUAUUUAUUGCCUUAUGGUUUA